CCUGAGAAUUACUCUGUGAUUAUAAAUGGGUAUAUUUCGCCCAUUUUAGUGUUUCUUACCAUCAUAAACAAUUCCAUGGUGUGUAUUGUUCUGCUAAAACGAAAUAUGAGAUCUCCGACCAACACCCUAUUGGUUGGAAUGGCAAUAUCAGAUAUGUUGACCGGUGUUUUCCCUUUGCCCAUUUUCUUAGAAUUUUUCGCAACGGAUCGUUUGAAGGAGUUUACGCCUUAUAGUUGGUGUAAUGCUUACAAAUAUCUUGCGGAAUUGUUACCGACUAUAUUUCAUACUGCGUCAAUAUGGUUGACGAUGGCGUUAGCGAUACAACGUUACAUCUACGUAUGUCAUUCGUUUAAGGCACGUACGUGGUGUACCAUACCGAACGCUAUUAAAGGAACUAUAGCUAUUUAUGUUGUAGCCAUUUUAAGUCAAUGUACUAGAUUUUUCGAUUCGUAUUUCGUGCCCGUAGUGCUAGAAUCUGCCGUGUAUGAAAAUCGGACUGUAAUCGGGUGUAUAGAAGAACAUGAAGACUGGGCCAUGGCGAAUAUUUUAUAUAUGAGUAUAUAUUACUGGUUUCGUGUUUUAUUUAUUCAUUUAAUCCCGUGUAUAUUUUUAGUAGUUAUGAACGCACUUUUAAUCUACGCCAUGCGUGUAGCUCAAGUACGUCGCAUGCAGUUAUUACGCCAGAAUAAAAAGAGUGAAUCCAAAAAACUGAAAGACAGUAACUGCACCACGUUAAUGCUGGUUGCUGUUGUAGGUUUAUUUCUAUUGGUUGAGUUUCCACUCGGUAUUAUAAUGAUCUUGCUCAUUGUUUCAAAUACUUUUGAAGUACAUAUAAUAAGCAAAGAAACUUUCCAAAUAUUAUCUAUAUUUUCAAAUCUCUUCAUUUUAUUAAGUUAUCCGUUCAAUUUCUUCAUUUAUUGUGGUAUGAGCAAACAAUUCAGAGAAACUUUUAAGCGGCUGUUUGUUGGU